AUGGUUAUAGUCGAACUUAUUGGUAGUAUAUCAUUAGCAAUUGCUCUUGUAAGUGCUAUUGCUUUUACAAUUAUUCAUAUUAAAAAUAAACAACAUGAUGUAACAUAUAUUCAUGAUCAUACAUUGAAUAAUAUUGAACAAUCAGAUAUAAUAACUAAACAUUUACAACAAGAAACCAAUCAACCAUCGUUAGUUUUACCUUUUGAAGAAUUGAAAUCUAUUUUCUUUCUCAGUCAAGAUAUUUCGAUAAAUUCUCCAUCAAAAACAAAUAUUUCUAAAGAAUUACCUAUAAUUAAUGUCAUUAAUAACGAUGAAACACCUUUAUCUUCUAUAAAAUAUGGUAUACAAUGGACAUUACCAUCAAAUGCCGAUAUUCAAUCUGAAGUAAUCAAAUCAUCAUCUAAUAUCGUAAAGACUUCUGAAUUUGAUCAAGGCGAUUCAUUAUCAUUUAAUGAUCAAACAAUAAGUGUACGACACUUAAUUGACAAAUUUGAAAAUAAUUCAAUACGAAAAAUUUAUCAAAAAGAAAAAGAUAAUCAAUCUGAAUCUGAUUUAACAAGUAUUGAUACAAAUCUUGAUAGUCAAACAGUCAAAAUUGAUUUUAAUCAAAAUCAACAAAAACUUUCAUAUCAUUCAUCAUUAUCAAAUUUUGAUGUAACAAUUCCAUCAAAUCUUUCAUCAUCUAUUGAUCUUGAACAAUUCGAAUGUUUUUCAACGACAUCAAAUUUAAGCGAAUUUUUAAAUAAUAAUUAA